AUGUCUUUCGAGUCCAAGAUUGCUCUCGCCUUGGGAGGAUCGAGCUGGCAGCAGCUUCAGGACGACAGCAACACAGAACCCGUCAUCGCAACCGAAGAGGACGAGGAUUCCGAUUUGGAUGAUGAAGACGAAGCCGAUAUCAAGCCUACAGAGGAGGUUGUGGUCGAUCCAGUCAAAGCUAAGAAACAACAGAAGAAAAAAGAGCGCUUCGACCAAAGUAUUGCAAGAGAUGCGGGUGAGAUCCUAGAGACCAUCGACAAGGAUGAACUCAUACCGGUAGCGGAACAGGUAGUAUGGGACCGAGAUCCGGAACUAUUGUGCUGCUACAACUGGCAAGCUUCCGACGAUGGCACGAAUACUAUCUUUGUGCCGGGUGAGCCAGCAAAAUGGCAACAACCACCCCUACCACACACGCUCAAACCAGAUAGUGGCUUCACAUAUAGUGACUACAACUACGCUCGUCAGCCGAGGAAUCCAUACUUGCCAAUGUUCCAUGCGCUGAACCUCAUGGCGCCAAACACCAAUUUCCAUGAUGUCGAUGUCCUCGCAGACCGAAACAAUCUCCGUAUCUUACUAGAAUUCGCCCAAGGCAAAUCAAACGGGCCUUUCCGGCUCAAUAUCUACCUUGUCUUCAACACGCUCGUCAUCGUACGCCGAGAAUCACGAUGGUGGAAACAUGCAGAUGGCAAGAGCUACGGCUUCAACUUCGAAAAGGAUUUUACUCGGACAACCGAAGGUAUGGAAGAUGCAACAAGUCACUACCGUGCGAUACGCUACACAAUGGGUCCCCUCAACGUCGUCUGUCGCUUCGAAGCAGAUGCCUACGACGAUGGCAUCAUCCCGGACGAUCUUACUCAAACCGAAGCCGCAGCUGUACGUGGAGCAAACGAAGGAGGCCUUGCUGAACGCGGAAAAUUCACAUACAAUGCCCCAAUCCGCGUCCUGCAAAAAGGCCACAUCAUUCCCACCUCCCAGAUGCUAGAGCUCAAGACGCAAGCGUAUAACCCAGAAGGAGCGGGUCUGGUCCAAUGUCAAGACCAGCUUUGGUUCGGCCGCACAAGUUUACUCUUCACUGGACCCUAUGAUAAAGGGCUUGGAACAGUGAAUCGAGUUAAGAAAGAAGACGCGACAGAUAGAGUGAAGAUAUGGGAAUCGAAACAACAGGAGUCGUUGAGAAAACUCGUCGCUCUGCUUGUUCGCUUCAGGGAUGUGUUGAAGCGGGAGCGGAGACCGAAUCGCGCUCUGGUGCUUGUGAGAGAGGGAAAGAGCGGGCCGAUUGUACUGCGUGCGAUGGAGGAGAGAAGUGCGGGUGUGGAUAGAGAAAUGCGGGAGAAGUUCUGGCCGCUGCCCACGCAUGGAAAUCGUGGAAGAGGUGGGGGUAGGGGUGCGUUCAACGGAGGUCAUCGUGGUCGUGGUGGGCAAUUCGUACCUGCUCAAGGCCGAGGUGACUUUGCGCCUUCAUAUGGUCGUGGCCAGUUUAUGCCUGCUCAUAAUCAGGGUGGCUUUGUUCCUUCGCGCGGUCGCGGACAGUUCGUACCGCCAGCUCAAGGUCGAGGUGACUCUGCGCCUUCGCGUGGUCGGGGUCGCGGCCAGCACGACGCGAAUGCCUCGUAUGUACCACGCGGCCGAGGCGGUCGUGGAGGAAGAGGUACUUCAGACGCGCACUCGCGGAAGUGA